AUGUGGGCUCAUGCUUUUGGGUUCUCUGCCUUGCCUCAUAUUGGGGGAUUUCUCGGCUGGUUCUUGACACGAGAGGAAGUGCCUACUUGGUUUGAAAGCCUGAAGAAACCCUCUUGGCGUCCACCCAACAAAAUGUUCCCGGUCAUGUGGACUACCUUGUACACAGGCAUGGGCUAUGCUUCAUACUUGGUGUGGAGCGACUUAGGGGGCUUCAACAGCAAAGCCAUCAUCCCGCUGGGCCUCUACGGGGCUCAGCUUGCCUUGAACUGGGCUUGGACUCCCCUAUUCUUUGGAGCUCAUAAGCUAAAACUGGCUCUGGUGGACAUCCUGUGCCUAUACGGCCUGGUGCUUGGCACCAUGUACUCUUGGUACCCCAUUAACAAGAUGGCGACAAUGCUGAUGGUGCCUUACCUGGCCUGGCUGACCUUGGCUUCUUCUCUCACCUUCUGCAUCUGGAGGGACAAUCCUGAGGAGGAAAAAGGAAAGAGUGACUAAGACAAAGAGAAGCUGGUAAAAUAAAGUCAUUCUAUGAAACCAAUCCAUCCUGAUGUGGUGGACCAAGAGCUGAUAGCCUCGGGGUGGUUAAUUUUAUUAAGAUGGGUACCUGAACAUACAUAUCAUUUGCAAAGGGUGCAUGGGGAAAAUUUUGCACAAUGCAAUGGGAUGUCCCUUUAAGGUUACCAUACACCUUUAACCUGAGAACUCCUGCCUCUCUUUUUCUCCAACAAUGCUGGGGUUUUGGGGUUACAGCUGUAUGGUGGCCUUAAAGGGACGCAAGUUAAAUCUCAUAGGCCAAUUUCUGCUCUGUUAUGCCACUGUAAAUUCAGAGUCACUCCACUGAAGACAAUGGAGUUAUUCUGGAUUUAUAUCAGUGCAACUGAGAGCAGAAUUUGCUCGCAUACAUU